AAGUGUAGUAUCUGUUCUUAUCAGUUUAAUAUCUGAUACGUGGGUCAUCGAUCCACUAUGAUAUUAAAUUAAUUUAUUGUGGGAGAGGGCCCACCACGGUAGCUUGCUGCCGCGGCUCUCGGGCGUCGCCCAUGCUUUGCACUACCGCACGGGCCUGGCGCACCCUAUCAAAGCUUGAUUUAAAUAUUGCCCUACUUCGCAAUUUUAAAGAGUUAAACUGCGCCGUCUGAUUCUUUACCAAGGGCUGGUUGGUUAAUCUUGGCCUGUAUUAUUUUGUCUACGAUUAAAGUCGAUGGGUAUAUAUUUGGGUACGGAAUACCAUGUUCCUUUUAUAAGCCUUUGCCCUCCAUGUUAAAUCAUCCAUUCAAGAACAGAGAACGAGAAACACUGAGCGAUGGAAAUCAUCGAGAUGUCACCGGAAGCAGCCACGAUGGCGCAACUCUACUCACCGGAGCUACGCAUCGAGGGUUCCGCCGUCGCCUUCGUCGGGCCCUGCCCCUGCUUCGGCAUCCGCAAGCGUCGCUGCCUUCGACCCACCACCCGCUCCCGCAAGAAACUCCUCGUCUAUGAUCUUCCCCGCUCCCCGCCUUCUCCCCCUCCCCCUCACGCCGUCGUCGCCUCCCUCUCUCGCUUCGACCUUUCGCCCCGCUCCUCCUCUCCAUUCCCUUCCGCCUACCGCCUCUCCUUGUCCUCCCCGCUCCCCUCCCCUUCCUCGUCAUCAUCCACCACUUCCUCCCUCACCCAAUCCCCAUCCUCCAGCAACUCGCCCGGCACUCCUGGCUCCCCCUUCGUACGCUGUCUCUCCCCUCGACUCGCUUCCCAUCUUGAACCGAUCGUCAUGAUCUCGCCAUCCUCUUCUCCGCCGACGUUCUUGUUCGCCACUCAGCCGGAGCCGUCAGAGUCGACCGCCUCCCCCUCAUCUUCCGGUCCUGAUGAAGCGACAACUUCUCCCGUCGAGAAGAACAAAAAGGCUUCCGGAGAAGAACAAGAGGCUAAUUCUUGGCUCCCCAGAUCGAGGCGGGGAAGACGAAGGCCGAGCGAGCAUCCACCGCAGCUGUGGCAUCCUUCGUUUAGUGGUGAUUCGCCGAGUCUGAAAUAGAGAGAGGAAGCGAGAGGUGGCACUACCACCACUCUUCCGCAAGCAAACCGGUUCUUGCUCUGGCAUCUCUGCGUGGAACGUUUCGUCAUUUGGUCUUCUUCCUUCAUUCUCCUCCAUAACUGCUUGUACAACGACUCUCAACAACUCCUCUCAAAAGUCUUUUGUUUACAUGGAUAUGCAGCGGUGGAUCAGUGAGUACAAUUCUGUCAGUUAGUUCUCUUGAUCCGAAUGGAACGCUCAUCGAUAAGCAAUCAAAAUAUGCUAUUGCAUUUCCAGUUGA